UUAAGCUAACUAUGCACGAAUAUUUAACUAGUAAAUAAAGGGAAAAAAAAGCAAGAAAAGAAUAAACUGCAGAGAGAGAGACCGUUCGGUUCGGCCACCAUCCCAAUCCAUCUCCCCGGAGGCGAAACCCUAACCCACCAAUCGCCGCCGCCGCCGCCGCCGCCGCAGCGAAGCACAUGAUGGGGAGAGGCCGAGGCCGCGGGGGAGGCGGAGGCGGAGGCGGGAGGGGGAGGUUCGGCGGCGGGAGGGGCGACGGCCCGUCCCGUCUCUCCGCCGCCCGCGAGGACCCGCCGCAGCGGCCGCAGGCUCGGCGCUCCUCCGGGUGGGGCGUGGCGCCGCCGUCGCGGCACCUGUGGGUGGGCAGUCUGGGCCCCGGCGUCACCGCGUCCGACCUGUCGGAGCUCUUCCUCCGCUGCGGCGACGUGGAGGGCAUCUCGCGCGACCCCGGCAGGAAUUUCGCGUUCGUCACCUUCGCGCGGGUGGAGGACGCCAUCGCGGCGGUGCGGGAGCUGCAGGGGAUCCAGCUCCGCGGAGCGCCCAUUAGGAUCGAAUUUUCCAAGGGGGUUAGUGUUGAUCGUCCUCCCGCCUUUGCCACGGAUAAAGGUUCAAGUAGCUCUAUGGAUGACAGAUAUUCACAACAUGCUGAUCAAAGACGUUUGACUGAACAUAGAAGAAAUCAUCAAUCAAGUCCUGAAAAAUCAACUGAUAAAUCCAAAAGAAGCAGGGCAACAGAACCUAGUGAAGUAUUAUGGAUAGGUUUUCCUGUUGGUCUAAAGGUUGAUGAGGCAACCCUCUGGGAAGCCUUUUUGCCUUUUGGCGAGGUUGUCAAGAUAACUACAUUCCCAGGCCGUACUUAUGCAUUUGUUCAAUACACUACUAUUGCAGCAGCAUGCAGGGCAAAGGAAGCACUUCAGGGAAAUCUUUUCAAUAACCCACGAGUUAGCAUUUGCUUUUCUCGCAGCGAUGGUGUUUCGGCAGAAUUUGGAAAAGGUUCCUUAGAUGCCCCAUAUUCCCCACAUUUAAACCCUAGUGUUAGAUCUGUAUUCAGGGAGCAUGAUUUUGAAGCUUUCCCCAGGGCUAGGCCUUUUGAUAGUCCUCCAAAAGAUAUGUACAUGCCAUCACCCCAUUUUGGAUCUAAGAGACUUUCUAGGGAUCCUGAUGAUGUGGGUUUCAACAGGAAUGAUUAUUUGCAAUAUGAACCUGGAGUAGAGCCUGAUCAUAGAUCCCAUUUUGAACCUUAUAAGACAAGAGGGUUGGGUCCAGAAAGAAGGAUGUCUGAUGACCCAUAUGAGCAGCAUAGACGUAGCCCUGCUGUUAGACAUGAUGCACCAUGGUACAACAUUCCGUUCGAGCGAUCCCAGGGAGCCUUACCGUUGGAUGAUUCUUGGAAUGCUAGGGAUAAUCCGUACCCAUUUUCAAAGAAGCUGAGGACUGGUGAAGCACAUGACUCUGAACUUCCUGAAUACCCUUUCUCUGAAUUUGAUCGAGGAAAGGUUGGCUCCGGGUACCCAAGGAGGCCCCUCUAUGGUAUGCCAGAAGAUGACACACACCCCAGAGCCUAUGAACUUGCUCCUAUGCAUGUUAGAAAUCACAUUGAUCCUUUGAGGAAUCCAACUCCUCUUGUAGAUAGACAUAUACCAUAUCAUUCACAGGACAGUUUCCCUAGGCAUGUAGAAGUGGAAAAGCCAACUCCUGAAUACCAUGAACCCCUUCUCAAGGAAGAAUGGAAAUGGGAUGGUACAAUAGCAAAGGGAGGUACACCAAUUUGCCGAGCUCGAUGCUUCCCUGUUGGGAAGGUUCUUAACUUCAUGCUGCCUGAAAUUUUGGACUGCACUGCUAGGACAAGCCUGGAGAUGCUUGCUAAGCACUAUUACCAAGCUGCCAGCAGCUGGGUGGUGUUUUUUGUUCCAGAAAAUGAUGCUGACAUGGCAGCCUAUAAUGAGUUCAUGAAUUACCUUGGUGAUAAGCAGCGUGCAGCAGUUUGUAAACUUGGAGAAAGGAGCAGCUUAUUUCUUGUUCCACCUUCAGACUUCUCUGAACAAGUACUGAGGGUGCCAGGUAAAGUCAGCAUCUCUGGAGUCAUUCUGAAGUUUGAGCAGUCAGAUACAGAAGCUAUCUCACCAAAUCGCAAACCAGAAGCAUUUGAGAAAGCUCCCCCGUACCUUCCUAGUCACUUGAACCUUGAUGUCCGUGCUCAUGAGAAUCUAGAUGCAUUGAGAAGACUCAACCCACCAGAUAGCAGGUCACUUCCUCAGGGUUCAGAUUAUCGUGGAUCGUCACCUGGAAGCUAUAAUCCAGCAAGUGCACAUUCGGUUCUGCCUUACAAGUUUGGAAAUGCUCCUUCAUAUCUGGGCUCUGAAUUAGCUCAACAAAGGCCUCCACCUGACUCCCACAGGGAGAUAACACAAGACAAGCAGCAGCAACCCCCAGAUGUGUUGCCCUCAAGAUGGUCCAACAACAUGAACAAUCCAAGUCCAGGUUCUGGAAAUUUGAAUUCUUUGGCUCAGAGUGCGAUCCCACAUACAUCAUCUCAUAGGACACCAGAGGCAUACUCAUUUGCCUCUAGUACAUCAGGGUAUACACCAUCUGCAGGUGAGGCAUCAAACAUGUCCUUCCAUCCCAUGCAACCUGCAUCACAGCAGGUAGUUAGACCUCAACAAUCUCCAACCCUCCCAGUAUCUCUUCCACCAGAGCAACUUGCACAAUUGGCCACUCUUCUUGCACAACAAAACCAACAAGGAAAAGUGCCUGUGGACAGCCUAAAUAAACAGUCAGGAUUUGUACAGAAUCCAUAUGGACAUGCUUCAAUGGUGCCAAACAGCUCAAGUUCUAUCCCUGUCCAAAACUCAUUUUCACCUGUUCAACCAUCUGCAUCACAAUUACAGGUCCAUGCACCACCAGUUCAAGGUUCAGUACCACCAAAUCCGUCCAUUAUGCUUACAUCAAAUGCUCCUAUGCCUUCUCACAACCCUUUGCCUUUACCCCCUAUGCAUCCUCCGGGAAACCCAGCUCAUUCUUCUAUGCCUUUGAGAUCGUUCGUCCCUCCUCUUCCUGAAGGUCCUCCACCCCUUAGGCAGCACACAUCAAGUGCCCUACAAGCACAACCUUCGCUUUCUGCUGGACAGCAGACUAGCCAGCAAUUGUCUGUUCAGGAAGACCAUAAUGGAGACCCUCAAAAGCGCCUUCAAGCAACAUUGCAGUUGGCAGCAACCCUACUUCAACAGAUACAGCAGCAAUCUAAACCUGGCCAGAAGUAGAUGUGAGGUCAUGGAAACUUCCUGCCUGCAAGUAUCAUAUGGCGAUAUUUCUCCUUAUUCUAGCCUUUGGUACUGAAUAGCCUGAAAAUCUGAAACUGCUGUUGGGCAUCCAGAUUUAUUCUGAUGUUCUGUUAACAUAGGUUCUGCUGUUUCACAGUUUAAUUUUGAAGCUCACUCCUAGGUCGUAACCUCUAUCUUGUGUUGCACCGUUUAUCCUUUCUUUGUAUUUUUAUGUUAAUACAUGGAGCCUUGAAUACUAUUUCCCUUUCCUUUUUUGCACCCAUAGAUCACCUGUGCAUUGCUCUGAUGUGUCAGCUCUCUAAAGUUCAUUUUGGCCUUGUUUGAGUAGCUUCUGGCAACUAUUGCUUCUCCCAGAAUCUUCAGCUUCCCAAAGGGUCCAAAUUUUCAAUCAGAUUAUAAGAAUCAGAAUUCAGACCAUGCUUCCUGUGUUCCUUGUAUGCUUGAUGGUUGAUUAUGAGUAUUUUAUCUCUUGGGUGAAUAAACCAUCAAAUUUAUGGGCUGUUUAUGAACUAAAGUGUGAUCAGAGCAUCCAAAAAGAUAUCCUCCUCCAGGUAAGAUUUGAAGUGCAAGAAGAGGGAAAUGACAUUCUACUGUGUUUGCUGUACUGAAACAGUCUUUUGAUAUGGAACAAGGAAUCCUCCCUGAGAUGCUUAACGAUGUAUUAAGGGGGUUUCCCAUGAUGCAGGGGUCUGAGCUUUAUAACCUGUGUGCUGUAAAUUCUUUCACUACUUUCAGUGCACACCACAGCAGCUUUAUCUCUGUGGUCUCUGCCAUGUAUGGUCUGUCUGCUAAAGUGCAUGGCAUAUAUUUGCUGUUACUGCAAACUUUAGCUUGUUAAAAGUGUUCAGUGGUAGUAUCAGAGUUCAGAGUUCCAUGGAACAGCAUUGCAGCAGCUGUUCUUUUUCUCCCCCUAAAUAUUCCUGGUCUCAACCCAAUGAUGGCCUUCAGUGCUUUAAGAUUUAUUUAAUUUUGCUUUGUUUGCUGAAAGCAAGGCAAAUUCGUACGGGUGAUUCAGGCUAUUGUUACCUGUUUUUUUCUUUCUUUCUUUUGGGCGUUGGGAGGAUGUGUUUGAACCUAGCAGCAAGACAUAAGUUCUGGAUGUAAGAUUCU